AAGAAAAGGCUCCUCCAAAACAAAAGAUUAACCUUUUGAUUUCAAUUUCAGUGUACUGUGAUAUGUCAUCAGAAGAAUUAAAUCCGUUUAUUGAGAACCUAUUCAGUUUUUUGAUCUACAUACUUCAAACCAUUAAAGAAAACAUUUUUUUGUUACUCGAAUUAGCAUUAAAAGAUAAAGAUAAAACUUAUAAUUUUUAUUUUUCCUUUGAUAAUGCACAGAAGAAUGCCUUGAUUUUUCUCACAACUUUGUUUAUCAUAAAUUGUACUUCAAUUCUCUUUAUAUGGAAGUUCCAUGGUGAAAAAGUUUUCAAGAGAUUUAAGAAGCCCACACCACCAAAAGUAUUUGAAGAGCUUAAUAGAAGUGUAUCGAAUUUAAAACUUCCUAAAGUUUAUUCUCCCCGAAUAUAAAAUGAAAAAAUUUGUUGAGGAGAAAAAAAGACAAUUGAAGUUCAAAUUGGCUGGGCCGGGUCAUCGCCUAGCUUCUGAUGGUGCCGGAUCAAGUUCGGAUGAUCCUAACUCAGCCAGCUUAAAUGCAGCUCUGCAAAGAUCUGAAAAACAACAAUCUGAUCAGAGUAAAGGGUCAUCCAGUAAGCAACCGAAAAAAAUUCCUACAGAAUCUUCAUCUGCUGCUACAACAAGUCUUGAAGAGCAGGGCGAAAAAGACCCCCAGCAAAUUAGCAACAGGAUUUUUUUCACCUGUCCUGAACUUGAUGAUGGUGUGUACCCUAUGAAAGUUUGGAUGGAAAAGGCUCGAUCUUAUAUCCAAGAUAAAAAGACAACAGAUAGAGUUGAAGCUGCAAUACUUGCAAUAAAAACUCUAAAUCCUGAGAAUGAAGUUCAGUUUGCUAUGAAGGUUCUUCAGAAAUAUGUUGCGAAUUUAAUUAACCACCCCGAUGAAGAAAAGUACAAAGUUAUUAGACUAGGAAAUCCUAAUAUACAAAAGUUAAUGUCCAUAAAUGGUGCAGUGGACUUUUUGUUAGCUAUCGGUUUUGAUUACAAAAAUGUUAGCUUUGAUGAUGAAAAUGAGCACAAAGAAGAAACUUACUUUGUACACAUCACCCGUGAAGAUUUGGAUCUUAAUAGUGUUUUAGGAUCACUUGAAUCUGUGAAAGGCCUGAGUUUUGUGUUGGAUAGAAAUGUGAAGAUUUUCGUACCAGGUGCUGGUGGGUUAGAUGAAGAACCCGAUGAAUUUUACGAGUGGACAGUUUACGAUAUGAAAAAGGAAAGCAAAUACAGAAAGAAUGAAUCAGAAAGAAAUAAAGAGUUGAGAACAAGGAAAAUGAGGGGUGAACCCAAAAUUAAACCACAAGCUGAAUAUACCUUUAUUAGGGUUAGACUCCCAGAAGGAACUAUACUCCAAGCAACUUUUGCCACUUCUGAAAAACUAGUGGAUUUAAGGGAAUUUUUGAUUAGCAAAAUCCCACUUGAUUAUAACUUUGUUUUCGUCCUAUUGCCGGCUAAAAAUUUUGAGGAGUCCGAAGAAUAUAAGUCAUUCUUAGAGUUAGAUUUAUAUCCAUCUGUUACUUUAAUGAUAAAAUCUUGUUCUGAACAAGAAUCCUAAAUAAUCUUGAUGUACUUUUUAUGCAGGAAAUAAUUGUUUUGUUUUUUUUUAAUUGUAUUUUUUAUGGUUUUAAAAUCAUUUCCCAUUGUGAUUAUUUAGUUAAAAAUUAAAUUAUUUUGUUUAUUAUUGAUAAUAUUCUUUAAAAAGUAUGAUGUUUUAUGAUGUUACUUAUUAAUUAUUAAAUUAUGAUGUUAUUAAUAAAUUAUU